AUGGCUCGCACACACUACUCCGACGAGCGCUACGAAAGCGACGACAGCAGUCUCGCCGACUCUCCCCGAAGCAGACACAGAAGGAGAGCGCACUCUGAAGAGUCGCCAUAUACCGAACGUCCUCGGGCAAGGCCUAGACAUGCGCGCCGACACUCAUCGUACGCCUCAGAGAAGACACGAUCGAAAUGGCAAAGUGCGGGCAAAGUCGCGCUCGGUGUGGCAUUCGUGGGCAUUGUGGCUCAAGUGGUCAAUCGGUGGGUGGAGAAGAGGGAGAUUGAGAGCAUACGACGAGAAGAAGACAGAGUGAGGGAGAAGCGACGGCAGUUUGAGAAAGCAAAGGCCAAGAGGCGCCGUGAGGAGGAUCGCAGAGAGAGGGAAAGGGAGGACCGCUCGAGAGGACAUGGCCCUGAGGUAUGGGAGGUCACCGAAGAAGUCAGAAGGAUAGGCUAUUUGCCUGCUGAAGAGCGAGGACGGAGUGAGAGUCGCGCUCCGCGAAGGCUGGAGGCGCCGCCAAGCAGGGAGGCUUCCAUUGAUGAGUGGGAGGAGGACCAGGUGAACCACCAUGAGCGCAGAGGCAGGGCAGAGAGAAGUCGAAGCAGACCUGCUGUUGAUGUUACAUGA